AUGGAGAUCACAACACCUGCUGAAUAUAAAAAAGCUACCCAGGGAAAGAGUGUUAACAAAUUCUGCGACAUGCAGACUGAAAUGGGAGCAGAAGCCCUUGAUAUAGUUACCUCCACAAUUGAAAAAUUUACGAAGUCAGAAGUCUUGGAAGUCGAUAAUGCUACCCGCUUCAUCAAAGAUCAGAUGGACAAGCAAUUCGGUCCUUCUUGGCACUGUGUAGUAGGAGAAGGAUACUCAUUCGACAUUACUGCUCAAAAACAAAAUCUGCUUUAUGUUUACUAUACUGGCUCUCUUGCAAUUCUUUUAUGAAAAUCUUAG